AUGGCGGCGAGCCGUGAGAGACGCGCGCUGCCGCCCCCCGCGGAUUCGGGCUCGCCGCGAAGAGCCGAGGAGAUUGGCGGGAGCGGUGCGCCGCCUGGCGUCGGCGCAGCCGUUGACGCGCGCCUGCUGAGAAGCUUCGACGGUCUCGCGCGCGACCUCGACCACGCGAUUCGCACGGCAGCAACGCCGUCGCAGCAGCACGACGCCAUCGCGACGUGCCUGCUCAUCGCCAACACGCUGUGCGACUGGCCGGAGAGCGACGAGCCACGGUCGCGAGAGGCGUUCGGCUUCCGCGUGCUGCGCAGCAUGCCGUGCGCCGCCGAGUCGCUGCUGCUGCGAGGCAAGCGCGGGGCAGACACGUUUUUCCUGAUGGAGCACAGCAGCAGCAGCAGGCGGCGUGCAGCUGCGACCCCGUGGAGGGGCUUCUGCGGGCCGCAGGGCAGCUCGCAUGUCCCCGCCACCGCCACCGCUCCCCCCGCGCUCUGCCCUCUGCUGCCCGUGGGCCUGCGCGCCCCCUUCCCCACGCAGCUGGAGGUGGCGUCGUCUCAGAUCGACCGCACUGCCAAGGCAGCGGACGCAAGGCGCCAUGCUGGCACGGCAGCACAGCCAGGAGGCUGCAGAGCAGGUGAGAGCGCACGCCACGGGGCCAGGCGGUUCUUCCUGCUGCUCAACCACCCACUGUCGCACCGACCCCCACCACCACCUUCCCUGUCUCGAUCGCUCUCACGCACACACGCCCAAUCACCAGCGGCCGUGCCUGUAUCACCCUCAGGGUCACAACCCCAAGCAGUGACGGCACCAAGCUCGCAACAACCGAUGGCAGUAUCCCCCUCCUGGUCACAGCCACGGUCCCCAUCGUUCUCCUCCUCCCCAGCGGCCAUGGCAGAGAGUGCUGCGCCCACCCACCGCUUCUGCCAGCCUCUCUCCUUUGUACUCAUCUCCUCCACCGCCUCCCACACCCCACCUCCCACCUCAACCCCCUCCGCCUUCCCCUCUCUCGCCCCUCCAGCUGCCCCGGCCGCCCUGCCUGCACCUGCCACUGUGCCUGCCACUCCCACAGGCAACGCGAGGGAGCUGUACUCUCACGUCAAGGCGUUCCUGGCCGGGCGAACUGGGGGCAUUGGCAGUGGGGACGGCAGUGAGGAGGGCGGUGGGGACGGUGGUGGGGACGGUGGUGGGGAUGGUGGUGGGGACGGUGGUGGGGAGGGUAUUAAAGAGGGGAGUGCGGAAGGCAGUGGGGAAGGCAGUGGGAAGGAGGCGGUACAAGGUGUGUGGCGUGUGGUGCGGGCAUGCGGGGUGGAGUCAGCAGAGGGGCUGAGUGGCGUGGUGGACGAGAGGGGAUGGACCGCCAUGCACGUGGCUGCUCGCAAUGGCGACUCCCCCGUGCUGCAGGCGCUGUUGCACAUGGGCAUGCCGGCGGGGGUGUGCAGCACACGCAACGCCACCACGCCACUGCACGUGGCGGCGUAUGGCGGCCACGUGGGCUGCAUGUGCCUGCUGGCGCAGCAUGGCGCGGACAUCCGCGCUCGCACUGUUGGCGGCUGUGAGUGGAUUCACAUGAGAUGGUUGACAGUGCUGUGCGUGUCUCAUUCUCCACCCAGCAUCCUUUCCUUUCCCUCUUGCCUUCACCUGCUGUGCCAUUGCUUCCGGAGCCGCUUUCCUCCUCCCGCGAGCCAGCAGCAGUGGGAGGCGGUGAGGUGGCUGGCACAGCAGGGAAUAGAGCCGGCAGAGGUGGAAGCAGCAGGAGCCAACCCCAAGGCGGACAAGCUGCCCGCUCACAUCAUGGCAAGGGCGGUGCAGAUAGUGCGGGAGGAGUACGAGAGGCGCGCAGGCCAGGGGGAGGAAAGGGGGUAUGGAUUUGGGGAGGAGGGUGGUGCGGGUGCGAGCUGGGUGGAUGAAUUCCUAGUGCUCGAUGAUCACCUUGAUGUUCUCGCCGCCAUGGAGGCCCUGCCGGCCGACGAAGAUGAUCCUCAGACUGGCCCUGACGAGCCACCUUUACCGGCGAAACCGACAGCGCAAGCCUUGCCGGAGAAAGCAUCAGAUGAUCCCCGGUCUGGGCUCGAUUUUCUUAGAGCUACCGGUGCUCCGGUGACACCAGAACCUCCUAGGUCUACGGUUCAUGACUCUGCUGCUAGAGUAACCCCUACUCCUUCUGAUUCUCCACAUCCUGUCGCCUUCACUCUACCCCCGGCUGUUGCUUCUUGCAGCAAAGAUCCCCCACCGCCAUCGCCUAGCCCCACUCCAAGCACGGUGCGUGUGUCUGUUGGCCCGCCGUCGGCUUCUUCCACUCCCAAGCGAGCGCGAAAUGGGAAGUGGGCGCAGAGUACUCUGGUCGUCGGAGGCCGCCGUAUUCCACCGCCUGACAAUGACAAGCCGGCAGAUCCUCCACCGAAAGAAGCUGAGCAACCGGAGGAAGUUGACAUCCCUGUGCGCGCGGAUACCGGCUCGCCCGCACUCACCAAGAUGCAGCUGCGAGAGCAGGUGUACCUUGAGGCGAGUAUUAACUACGAGACGAAGUGGUCGCAACACUUUUCCUGGCUGGUGUUUGGGAAGACCAAGGACGGUUUUCCAUACGUGAAGUGCUCCAUCUGCAUGUCGUACGCGAAGGGGAACACGAGGUACGCCAUGCAAGGUGACGACGGUGGCCGUGACUUGCAGACGCAGUCGUUCAGGGCGCACGAGCAUACGGACGCACACAAGGCUGCGGUGAAUCGGCAGUUGAAGCUUGCGGCGGGCAUCCGCGAGGGCCAGCAGGCGAUUUUUGACUUCAUCAACUCCGACGUCGAGGGGCGGCGCGCGAUUCGUCUCAUGCGUGAGGCGUUGGCUGUGAAGGACGCCGCUGCGUCAAACGAGGACCUUGGCAUGGUCGACAAGGUGGUGCGCACAGUGGCGACGCUUCUCGGAAACUCAAGCGUGUGGAGUCAGCGCUUCAAGUACCUUCAGCGAGUGAUCUACCAGACAAACCUCGAGGUCCAAGGAAUCCACACGGUUCGAUGGCUGUCACGAGGUGAUGCGGUGCGCAGGCUGUGCAAGGUCCUCGACGCUUGCAUCGUGCUGCUCUGGGAGCACAACCACAAGGCCUACGAGAUUGUGACGUGCUACAAGUUCCAAUUCUGUUUGUUUUUCCUGGCCGACAUUCUGGCCGACAUGAACGACCUCAACCGCUGCUUCCAGAGGCGUGAGCUGGAUGUGACUGAGAUUUCGAAGACUAUUGAGUCCACCACGGGUGACCUGACGGAGCGCUACUUGACGACAAACAAACCGUUCGGGGGCGAGGGCAAGAGCUGGCUGGUAAACUUCCUCAAGGUCCACAAGGAGGGUGGAGGCAAGCAGGUCCGGGUUCGAGGCGUGGACGGAGAGGGACGCCCAAUCAACCACCUCUACACCAUGCAUGAGAGGAAGCUGAAGGGCCACAAGCAGGGAAGCACCUACGCAGACUGCGUGAAGCUGUGCCGCCAAUUUGCCCGCGACUGCGUGGACAACCUGAACGAACGGCUGGAUGACCUUGGGAAGCUGGGCCCGACGAAGCUGUUCCGGGCGGGGAAGUGGCCGAAGAUCAAGGCCCAGCGAGAGAAGAAGUGCAAGGAGUGGCUGCACGGAUGCAGCAGGCUCUUCCGCCACAAGCUGCCGGGAUUCGACCUCAAAGCAGCAGAGAGGGACCUCCCGACAUUCUGCGCGAUCAUGGAGUCACACCAUGAGAUGGAGAGCUUCGCCCAGGGCCUUCACAACUUUCUUGGGAGCGUAGACUCAAAGAGGUAG